AUGGGGAAGAUCGAGCCGCCGUUUCUCUACGACCCGCCAUCCCUUUAUCCCAAAUCGGCACAGGUCGCUGACUUCAAUCCCAAAGCUGUUACCUUGAACAGCUGGGCCCCUCGCCCACAGAAACCACAGAAAAAUGCCCCCUUGGUCAAUUUUAACCGGCAUCCUGACUCUUACGUGGUCAUCCCAACUGGAAGAAAACCAAUCACCAAUAUAAGCCCGAACAUAAAGAAAUAUGUUAAAUAUGCCCGGAUUUUUCAGUUCGUGAUGAGAGUCCUGACCCUGAUCGGCGUUAUGGGGUUGCUGUUCUGCGUUAUAUGUAUCAACAAUACGACGAUUCAGGUGGCAUGGAUUAUACGUGUGGGACCCGCUGUUUCAAUGGUGCACACGAUCUACGCUGUUUUCCACCUCUGUCGAUCUGCUACAUCUCGAACCCCCGGUUCUACGGCUAGCUAUAUGCUGUUUGCUGCAGUUGUGGAUGCGGGUCUAAUCCCUUUCUACGUAUUCACCGCUCUCAUCUCACGGACAGAGCAUGAAUCGAAGAGUUAUGGAUGGAAGACAUUGUUUGGAGCAGACGACGUUACCGAAAAAAUUAUAUAUGCGACCGUCCUUAUUGCCACAAUAGUUGGGAGUUUGCAUAUCGCGUCACUCAUUGUGGAUAUUUACUUGGCCGUGGUGUUCCGCAAAAUAACAAAGUUGCCACCAGAUAUGAACCCACUUGAGGAGAACUUGACUGCCCGUCCCCAUAAGCGCACCAAAUCCGAGAUAGCCGAAAAGCAUCUCAGCCAGAGUACAAUAGGAUCGGCUGAGACAGAUCCAUACAACACAAUACUGCCAGCCACUCGUACGGUGCCAUUCGCACAUACGAGAAAUAAUUCGAGCGUGACAAUCACGGGUAACCAGUUCCAAAAGCAGAACGAUGACAGGUCAUCAUACUACUCCGCUCACUCGCACCGUCUUUCACGCUCCGACCUUCCAAGCCAGCAGCUUCGUCAGCAUGAAGAGACUAACCGCCCUAAGACUCCCAUUUCCCGAACUACCGCCAGAGGAAAAGGUAAUGGGGGAUCCAGGCCACAGUCUGCUGUCUUCCACACCCCGCCUUCAACUGCACAGUCUCAACCAUUAUCAGUAAACACUCAAGCCCGUGAACCAAGUGGUGUGUCCUCUAUGGGAGAUGAGAACUGGACGGCAUAUCCUUCGAACCCUCCGUCGCCCGAACUCAAUGCUCAUGAGGAUCAUGAGGAUUCGCCAUUCAGAGAUCCUAUCGGUAGCCCGGGCUUGGAAGAUGGAGAUGCAAUCUGGGACGAUGAUUUUGAAGGUGAUGGCCUGAAUCAACGCAGCGGUACAGUUCGGCGACACCGCGGAGCAUAUGCUGCUGUGGACGAUGAGGACGAUGAGGACGACGAAGCAAUACUCGAUCCAAAUGAGUCAGACAAUGUGUUUGGCUAUCAACAAAACCAGGGUGAGCGUUAUUACGCCAAAGGGAAUUCUGAACAGCUCAACAACUCCGGUCUGGAGGUGAACCCAUUGUCCAUGAACCCGCCAACUCCUCGUCCGUUUGAGGCAGAAGAGCAGACCAAGGAAACUUCUAGUAGUGCUGUGCGUCGAGAGGUUCUUGCAACUCUUCCAAAUCCAUCUACCACACCGGCCAAAGGUACAUCUGGAAGCAAGACUCGUUCGUAUGGGGAACUGGCAAAGAACAACCCAUCCCCCGGAAGCAGCAAGAAAUUGUCAUCCCGCUGGAGACGUAAGAGUGGCCGGUUCUCCGCUUACGAGUCUCUUCGCGACAGCUAUGAUGCUGACGGCAGCAUGGAGUUACCCGACCGCAAAGGGCGAGUCGUUAGCAACACGGGUAUUGACCUUGGUACCGAUCUAGGUUCCGGCUCGCCAGGGUACGGAAAUUAUCUUGCCGGCUUGGGAGUUGGGCGACGCCGCGAGGUCAGCGGGAAAGUUGCAGAGGAAGGGAGGAGCGGUGACCUCGCCCAGGAUGAGAGUCAAUCAUCCCCGUCAAAGAACAAAGGUCGUCAACCUUCAAAAUCAAAGGAGAUUAAAGCUGCGGGUUGGGCACGGUGGAAGGGUUUGUGA